ACAAGGACCCCAGUUAUUUGGACUGCGGAUGAUGGCAUUGCGGAACGGAGGGAGAUACGAGUACGAACUCCAACUAGUACUUAUUAUAUACUCAAAGGUCAUCAUCGUCAGCUGCACAGUAAGGGUUAUUAGAACUGCAACAUCGUCAUCGUCUUCGUUAUAUUUCCUUUUAUGUCUUUGGCAUCCCGGACUUUAUAUUGUACCUUAUAUUCUCGCGCGUCUCGCUUUGUUUACCUCAGCGGUUCUUCUUCAACACGCUGAGACUCUUUCCUUAGUCGCCCUUUAACAAGGGUCACGUGCGCUGCUGCAGCCUCAUGAACUGGACGAAGUCCGGUUCUCCAUGGCUUGGUCCAUGGUUCUCACACCAGACUGGAAAACGGUCCUCCCGAAUGGUUGCAUUUUCACCCUUGGCAGUGUGGCAGCCCAGGAUGAUCGGAUGCUGGCUGUGCUUCAUUGUUAUUGUCAACUUAUAAGAUCCACCUCUGAUUGUACAUGCC